AUGCACCAUAAAAAAUAUAGUUGUAUACUUCUCUUUCUUACAUUACUUGUGAAGUCGAAUAGUGAAGCUUUACAAAGCGUAAGUGAUGAUGAUCUCUUGGAAUUAAUUAGAGAGAAGGAGAAGCUUAUUGUUUUAUUUACCAAACCAAAUUGCGACAAAUGUAUGCAGUUUGAAAAACAUCUAGAAAAUCUUGAAGAAGACUUCAAAAAGCAUUUAAAUGCUGUAAGUGUGAAAGCCAUAACUAGUCACUUGACCCGCCUUUACAAUCCAGCAAAAGACCCUGCCCUCGUUUUCUUCAGGCAUGGCAUACCAUUGUUGUUCAGUGGUGAACCAGACGAAAAUGAAAUUUAUGGGUUCUUUGAAAAGAAUCAGUCCCCUGCAGUGAAAGAACUAACUGAUAAAAUAUUUGAGCAUAUAACUCAAGCAGCAACAGGUGCUACUACCGGUGAUUGGUUUGUUAUGUUCUAUGGAGCUUCAUGUGUAGAAUGUCAAAGACUGCAUGCUGUAUGGGAGAGUGUUGGAGCUACAUUACGAGGUCGAACCAAUGUGGCACGCAUGGAUGCCAAUCUAGCAGGCCUAAAUACAGCAAAACGGUUCCAUGUUACUAAACUGCCUACUUUCCUAUUUUUCCGCCUUGGAAAAGUAUACCGUUAUGAUUUACCACUGAACGACGUCAAAUCAUUUGUAACAUUCGCUCAGGAUUGGUAUAAGAAUUCGAAAGGAGAACCUGUACCACUACUCCAAUCUCCAUUUGACGAACUUGUAAACUGGUGUGUAGAUAUGAUUAAACAGAGCGUAGCAUUUGGACUAGACAUUCUAGCAAAGUACCCUUGGAUUUGGCAGAUCGGAUUGGCGGGAUUUGGUUUAGUUGCAAUCACUGCUAUCAUAGCGCUCUUAAAAGCUGGCCGAUCUAGGCCUGCAAAGAAAGACUCUAAAAAGGAUAAGAAAAGUAAAUAA